AUGCGCAAUACUUUAUAUUUAACACUCUGCCUAUGGUUUCUGCUUGCCACCUGCACACACUCCUUCGUACAGGCGAGGCACCGACAUAAAGGUCAAGGAUCUACUGCUGCCACUACUAUUUUCCAAUGUCAAACACCUGGCUACUUUCCUGAUCCAUACAAUUGUCAAAACUACUAUAAAUGUCAAAGUGGCGGCACGUAUACGCGUUAUAAAUGUGGUUCACGUCAACGUUACUCCGUACAAAUGCAAUCGUGUGCAUUGUCCUCUAACGUAGUUUGUUAUGAUCCCGCAUUUCGGUGCACAGCCGUGGGUGAUCAGGGCGCCUGGCCCGGCGAUUCGCGCAUAUUCUAUACAUGUCAGGCUAGUGGAAGUGAUGGGAGGUUGCAGCCAGUGCUAUUUAAAUGUCCGGAUGGUACCUCGUUCGAUGGAGCUGCGUGCGCAUGA